AUGCGCGCUACCCCAGAGAAUGCAAGCAACAAGAAGAAGCCUCAAAAGGAUGGCAAGAAAUUAGAGGCUAAGGAGAGACGUGAGCAAAAGAAGAGGGAAACCCAGAACAAGAAGAAGGGAGCUGGGCGAGUCAUUACAAAUGAGAGUCACUCUCUCGUCAUUGCUCUUAGAUCUCUCACAAACAUCUUCAUCAAUACCCAAUACCAAAGCUUCUAUAACAAGUACCACACAUAUAUAUCCCUCGCGAUGGCAGAACAAUCCCACGAUCAUGCUACUGAGCCAAAGGACCACGAAGCCUCGCAGAACUGUUAUGUUCACCAACCCGCCCCGCCCCGUAGGAAUCGUCCACAUCCAAAGGAGGAGGAGGACACUGACUCGGAGGAGGUGGAAAGAACGGCCAGGGAACAGCGUGAGAGAGCGGUCGCGGAGUACUUUCGAUCCCUCCUUGACCAGGCUGGGAACGAAACGAGUGGAAAUGAACAGCCCAGACCAACGAGUGUUGAAGCAGUGGUGUCGAAUGCUAGUCAAGCCGUGGAGAGUGUGAACGAGGGUGUGGAAGGGGAGGUAGCUGGAGCCGCUAAUCCAGGAGACACCUCAGGUAUGUCAGAACCCACCAAAAACAUCCAGAACAUCAAGAAUGGCAUCGUAGUCCUCCGCACAAUCAGCAAGUGGGCCGACAAAGCUGCCUUGGCGCUUGAGAAACUUGAAAGACAGGAUGCGUCAAGGCCAGCGAGAGAUAGACAAGCGCGAAUACCGACGCAUAAUGCGCGGAAGAGAGAUGAUGCGGGGGAGAGGGCGGAAAGCCAGAGAGUGGAGAAGAAGCCGUUAUGGUUAUGA